AACCCUAAGAAAUGCGCGGCCGCAACGCCCUCCCCCGGAGCUUCAAACUGCAAUCUAUAAAAGAAUUCGACACCAGCACAUUGUCAUCGGUGUGCUAGUGCCUGUUGCAGUGCUGUGUUGUGUGUCCGUUAACAUAUCGCCAAGAAACUUUCAUCAUGCAGACCUCCACAAUCGUAGUCCUCUUGUGCUUGGUUGCCGUAGUGGUUGCGCAGGCGCACCAAGAGCCGCGACCGGUAGACCCGGCACAAGAAGCCCUGUUCGAGACUCCGGAGCACGACAGGAGCCCUAGGAAUAAGAGAGGUCUGCUGCUGCUCAAGAAGAAGCUGUUACUCGGUGCUCUGGGCUUGAAAGCAGCGAAGGUCGGCGUUGGUGCUGGAGUAGUAGGCGCUCUGGCUCUCAAGGCGAAAGCCAGCUCCAAACCCUCAACAUCAUACUCCUACUCUAGCCAUCACGGUUGGUGAUUGACUGCACUGGGGAUUUUCUUAUAACGCAUCAAGUGUGUCUACGUUCUAAGAGAAACCUAGUAAUUGUGUAAAAUAGUAUUAAUUGUUAGGACUCCACAGAGGCUUCCAUGUGAUGGGUAUUUAGAUCAUUCGUUCUGUAUAUAUUCCGUACAGUCGUGACGUCAUUCAAUAUUGAAAUUAUAUAGCAUUAUUUUACGAGCUAUUUUAUAUUGCAGACGCAUUACCACCGGCCGAUAAUGUAGUAAUUUUCUAUGCAUACAUUUGAAUGAGAUAUCAGAUUGUGUGUGUAUUAAAUAAUGGCUUUAAUAGUUUUGAUGAAAUUCUAGUCCGCAUACAAGCGACUAAUGUCCCUGUAGGCGAAACGCAAAAUCAACCAGACAUGUUAAGUGUAUUCAUAUUAUACUAAAAUUGUUAAGUAAGAAUACCGUUCACAAUAAUUAGCUCACGUCCAAAGCCCUUAGUGACAUAAUAAUUAAAUUAGCAUACAGAAGCGCACACGCAAGGAAUUACGUCCAAUAUAUAUUUGUUAUGUCAUCGACGUCACGUAGACUUGCAUUAUAUGUAAAUGACCUGUUACUUAUACCUAAGAUUUAAUAUAAGCACAGAUAUAAGUCAACGUCUGAAGGAAUGCCAUAGUAGAUAGCAUAGUUUAGUAAUUCUAUGUAUGUGUCCCAUAUAAUGUUAUGUAGUUAUCCUUCCUGAUUGCUGAACACACCGACAUGUCAAAUAAUUUGAAUAUAGAACAUUGUAAACUCUGGAACUCUUUGACUUUACACCAAGGAGUUUCGAAGUUCAUUUUUAAAACCUUUUUACUGGUUUUAGUAUAUAAUGGAUUAGAAGAGGCUCUACAUAAUUUUCCAUGCUAUUGGUAAAAUGUUUCAAUCUGUUUUACCCUUUUAAAGCAAGUUAAGAAUGUAUUGAGAAUAAAGUUUCAAACUGUUCUAUUAUAUACUAAAGCUAAACAGUGUCAAUGCGUAAAAAGCUGUCGAUUUGUGUUAUAAUAUUUAUAACAUUAAGUACUGCAAACAUUGACAUUAUGACCGUUUUGUUAAAAACAAUAAAUGAUUUAACAACAUA